AUGCUCUACAAUGCCCUAAUACGCACCCACCACAUCACCUCGCGCAAGAAAGUCGCUGCCCUCAAACGCGCCGCUGACCUCCACCAAUGCUACGUGCUCUUGCGCUCCGGCGGCUGCCCAGGAAUCAUGUACGUCGAGGGCCGAGACAAAGUAAAGGUUGAGGAGUGGGUGGGCAUUGUGCGGAAACUGCGGUAUAAGGAUUUCCAGCUCGUCACGAGGCCUGGUGCGUUGGAGCUGGAAGAUGGUCAGAGCGAGGUGGACGACAAGGAGAGGAAAGAGUUGGAUAUAGGACUGGCGGAGGUGGAGAGUGUGAAGGACUUUGGGAACUGUAUGGAGAAGCGUGGGGUGUGGAAAUGGUGGAGGAAGGGCAUGGGGUAUACUUGA